AUGAGCCCGCCCCUGCUGCAGCUGGGCGCUCUGCUGAGCUCCAUGGCCAUGAUCUCAAACUGGAUGUCCCAGACGCUCCCCGCCCUGGUGGGGCUCAACACCACGAGGCUGAGCCCAGCCAGUGGGGGCACACAGGACAAGAGUACCUUCUCGCUGCCCAGGAGCCCCAAGGAGGGGUGGCAGGUGUACAGCUCCGCGCAGGACCCCGACGGCCGAUGCAUCUGCACGGUGGUGGCUCCGGAGCAGAACCUGUGCUCCCGGGAUGCCAAGAGCAGGCAGCUGCGCCAGCUGCUGGAAAAGGUCCAGAAUAUGUCCCAGUCCAUUGAAGUCUUAAACCUGAGGACUCAGAGAGAUUUCCAGUACGUCCUGAAAAUGGAAACCCAGAUGAAAGGGCUCAAGGCCAAGUUCCGGCAGAUUGAGGAUGACCGGAAGACACUCAUGACCAAGCACUUCCAGGACCUGAAGGAGAAGAUGGACGAGCUGCUGCCGCUGAUCCCCGUGCUGGAGCAGUACAAGACGGACGCGCGGCUCAUCACCCAGUUCAAGGAGGAGAUCCGGAACCUGUCGGCCGUGCUCACGGGGAUCCAGGAGGAGCUGGGCGCCUACGACUACGAGGAGCUGCACCUCCGGGUGCUCAGCCUGGAGACCCGGCUCCGCGACUGCAUGAAGAAGCUCACAUGUGGCAAGUUGAUGAAAAUCACAGGCCCAGUUACAGUCAAGACGUCUGGAACCCGAUUCGGUGCCUGGAUGACUGAUCCUCUAGCAUCCGAGAAAAACAACAGAGUCUGGUACAUGGACAGUUACACUAACAACAAAAUAGUCCGUGAGUACAAAUCCAUGGCCGACUUUGUCAGCGGGGCUGAAUCAAGGACAUACAACCUCCCGUUCAAGUGGGCGGGCACCAACCACGUGGUCUACAACGGCUCGCUCUACUUCAACAAGUACCAGAGCAACAUCGUCAUCAAGUACAGCUUCGACCUGGGCCGGGUGCUGGCCCAGCGCAGCCUGGAGUACGCCGGCUUCCAGAACGUCUACCCCUACACCUGGGGCGGGUUCUCCGACAUCGACCUGAUGGCCGAUGAAAUCGGGCUGUGGGCCGUGUACGCCACCAACCAGAACGCGGGCAACAUCGUCAUCAGCCAGCUGAACCCGGACACCCUGGAGGUGGUGAAGAGCUGGAACACGGGCUACCCCAAGAGGAGCGCCGGGGAGUCCUUCAUGAUCUGCGGGACCCUGUACGUCACCAACUCCCACUUGACCGGAGCCAAGGUGUACUAUUCCUACUCCACCAAGACCUCCAGCUACGAGUACACGGACAUCCCCUUCCACAACCAGUACUUCCACAUCUCCAUGCUGGACUACAACGCCAGGGACAGGGCGCUCUACGCCUGGAACAAUGGCCACCAGGUCCUGUUCAAUGUCACCCUCUUCCACAUCAUCAAGACCGAGGACGACACAUAA